AUGUCAGAUAUAUUUACGAACAGUAAGAUAGAUGAGCAAUACCAGGAGGACGAUGACAUUAACCAACAAGAAGAGCUAGUAUGUGACCAAGAUAUGAUGGAUGAACAGUAUGAAUCUGAACAAGAUUUCGGAGAUGAAUUUUCUGAGGGAGUGUAUUUUUUUGAAAUUGAUCCAUCAGAGGAUACCCAUGAAGCUGCUUAUGCGGCUGACUCCGUGCAAGACAUUACAAAUUUGAAUUUCACUAAAAAUUGUGUCGUUAAAAUUGGUAAAUAUCACUUUUCUACUUUGCAGCUUGCAUUUGAUUUUUAUUUGAAAAACUCAAACUCUAAGGGCUUUAGUGCAAGGAAGAGUAAAACUUUCAAGAAUAGUAUUGGCGAAGUUUACAAACAAAAGUUUGUAUCUCAUCGGCGAGGGUUCAAGGAGGAGAAGUAUUACAUGAUGAAAAAUAGGAAGUAG